AUGAGCGAUCGCCACUCCACCACAGUGGUGCGCGUGCCCGGAUCUUCUGGUGACUCGGGAUUUCACCGUGAGUCCCUGAGUGAAGAUGAGAAGGUCAAGAUUGAACCUGGAAUGGAAGCUGAUGAGGCAGAGGGGUCGCCAAGGACGCGUGAUUUUUAA